UAUGUUUUAAUUACAUGGAAUAUCAUAGAAAGUGCAAACAUAUUGUGCUUUAUAUUUUUUGUUUCGUAAAAAUACAUGAAGGAGUGUUACUUUUUACUCCUGUGGCUUUUAAGUAUACAUAGUCUCUUGCAAAUUUGUUUAUCUUUCAUAUUUUGUCAGAUUAUAGCUGCAAACUGCUGUGUAUUUAACUGAGAUUUUAUAUCACAAGGAUUGACAGAUUCUUUUUGAGAACUAAUUAUUACUUCAAUUAAAGCUGCAAGUCUUUUGGGGUUUGCCCCUACCGGCUUUGCAGCAUUCUUCUUUACCAAAUAUUCCAAGCUCAGUCAGCUUUGUUUAAGACGUGUGUGAACAACAAUUUGUUCUCUUUUGGGUGUCCUGUAUUUGGCUGCUUCCAUAUUUCAUUAACUCUAUUCAACUUUCCUGUCCAUGCUAAGGAUAAGCAUCCCCACAGUACGACAUAGGGAUGCUUAUCUAAGUUUUCAACUUAUGUUGUGUUCAGCAUGAUGUACAGAGUUAGUUUUGCACUCCCAGCGUUCUGUUUUGGUCUUAAGGUUAAAUAUUUAUCGCACCUGGUUACAGGACCUUAUUCCUCAUGUCCUCUAAAUAUCUGGAAUCAAAAUGCAGACACGUUUGCUUGUUGCUGUCAAUUUAUUUAAGUGAAUUCUGAACCUAAACAGUUGGAUAUGUGGAGAGAUUUUUAUUUAUACAAAAAUAACUAUAUCCUUUGUUCUUUCGCUUGACUUGUUAUGCACUGUCGGUCUGUCACAGUAAAAUAAUGACAAUAAUAUACACUGAAGGUUGUUGUAAUGUGACAAAAUAUUAGAAAAUUCAGGAAAUAAGCAAUAUGUGGAAGUUCUCCCGUUUGGGUAAUAAAUCCAGAGUUAGUUCUUUUACUGUUUCAGAUAAUUUCAGAAGAGGAACGUGCCGAUGUGUUACAGCAGCAGCGGUAGCAGCAGGAAGGCUCUCCUGUUAAACCUCAGCGUCAGCACCUGGUGAUAUGCUGACUUUGACAUAGGCUGUCAAAAACAGGUCCAAUGUUACUGCAGUUUGUUCUAUCAAUCGGUCAGUCUUGUUUGAAAAUCCAUUUUAAUGUUUGAAAAUAUUGUUUGUUUGAAUAGGCAUUGAAUGCUUCAAAUGUUAAAGAAACAUCAGAAGGCCUCACGAUAGUCCAGCUAACUGGUUAUUUCUUUCAGCUUUCCCCUAAUAAAGUUGUUUCUGGACAGGCUUGUUAUUAUCAACUGGUUUUCCAUCAGAUGAAGGAGCAAAAAUAAACUUUUGAAAACAUUCUGAUUGGAAUGGAAUAAUAUUAUCCAGCCAAUAUUUGUUUGAUGUUGAAAUUGGGAAUGUGUGUAUUUCUUUUCAAAUUAUUACUUGUAGCAGUUUUGUUUGUAUUCAGAGAAUCAUUUUUGAAAAACAUAUAUUUCAUUAAUAUAUUUCUACAGGUAAUGGCUUGUAUCUGCUCACAAGAACAAUUAUCCCUCUUUAAACUUUGUUUCUGAUUUGAUUUGAUCAGACCUCCUCCUGUUUGUGUGACGGCUUCCCUUUUAUUGUUAUCAUGAUUCAUUUGUUUAUUUUCAAAUAUGUUUGAUAUGUUAUUCUUUUUUUUUGUAGACCCUGCCUUGGACAGAUGAAUUUCCCCUUGGGGAUCAAUAAAGAGUGUUUGGAGAUGGAAGAUGAAUGGGAAGAAGAGGAGCAGCUUGUUGUGGUGGAGCUCUCUGGAAUAAUCAACAAUGACUUUCUGUCCAAGUGUCGGACGACAUGUAAGAUACUGGAUAUAGAUAGUGAAAGGCCCAUGAUGCAAGUUGGACAAUAUGUGUUUGCGGGCGAAUAUGAAGAUGCAUUGGGAACUUGCGUACUUUUUGAAGAGGCACCAAGAAAAGGACAAGCACAGAGCGACCCUGGCCUCAAAUACAUGUGCCACACUGUUAAGAAGUUGACGAUGCAACGAAUCUUUCUCACUGAAAGGAUGGAGGAUGAAACAAUUGCAGCAGGGGGACAUGAUGACAAACAACAGGACACAACCUGCAUGUCUAAUGAAAGCGAAACUGACAAGACUCAUGGCAUGGUAGAAGAAAUUCUGAACAACACAGAUUUGGAGGACUCUACAUUGGAGGACUCUACAGUUGACUGAGAUAGACAUUUCAUAUUAUGACUUCUCAUUGUGAGGAUAAGAAAUUUGUCUUUGAUUUAUUGUUUUUUUGCAUUUCCACAGCAAAACAAGGACAGAUUUUUGUUCUGUAUGAUAAAAUCAAUUACUUAAUUUUGGAAGACACAGAUAUGCCUCCUCCUCACUGAGGUUCAAAAAUAUCCCCAAACUAAUAGUUGUUAUGUAGUGUAAAUGGUUAAAUACUUUUUGGUUGAUAUCGGAUGUUUUUGAUUUUCUUUCAUGAUUUUUCUUUUCUGGUGUCAGGAUUUGGCUGUAAGUGGCCUCACAGUGGGAUUCACAUAUUAUCCUUGCACCCUUGUAAAGGAAGCUCAUUACCAGAUGCUGAUAUUUCUAUUUUCUAUUGUUAAUGUCUCUGGAAGAAUAGUAACAAAUAAAUAGUAAGAAAUAGGGUAGUGGAUGGAGGUCCCUCUACAACUUUUUAUUCCCAAUUGUGGUAAUUAAAAUUUACUAGACUGAAAUUGUUUUGUUUUGUUCUUUGUGUUGAAAUUGUUCCAACUUGGU